AUGUCAGCCUUGCCUCCGUCCUGGCUCCUCGCCCUGUGCCCGCUGCUGCUGCUGGCCUCCCUUGAGCCAGCCUACCAGCCCCCCAACAUCGUCCUGAUUUUUGCGGAUGACCUGGGCUUUGGAGAUCUGGGCAUCUACGGGCAUCCCACCUCCGCCACCCCCAACCUGGACAGGAUGGCUGCCGAGGGCCUGCGCUUCACGGACUUCUACAGCAGCAGCUCCGUCUGCAGCCCUUCCAGGGCAGCCCUCCUGACGGGACGCUACCAGACCCGUUCCGGGAUCUACCCGAGCGUCUUUUAUCCCGACUCGCAGGGAGGCCUCCCGCUGUCCGAGGUGACGGUGGCCGAAUUGCUGAAGGAGCGCGGCUACACCACAGCCAUGGUUGGCAAGUGGCAUCUGGGCCUGGGUCCCAAGGGCAUGUUCCUGCCCACCAACCAAGGCUUUGACCACUUCUUCGGGAUACCCUACUCGCACGACCAGGGCCCCUGCCAGAACCUAACCUGCUUCCCACCCCGUACUCGGUGCUUUGGGGUCUGCGACCAGGGGGUGGUCCCUGUCCCCCUGUUCCUGAACCAGAGCAUCCUGGAGCAGCCCAUAUAUUUCCCCCGCCUGGAGGGCCACUACAACAACUUUGCGCGCGAUUUCAUCCUGGAUUCCGCUCAGCGCAAGCAGCCCUUCCUGCUCUAUUACGCCUCUCACCAUACCCAUUAUCCCCAGUUUGGGAGCCAAAACUACACGGGCCGGUCCCUGAGAGGGCCUUAUGGCGAUGCCCUCCUGGAGUUUGACGCCUCGGUGGGCUCCCUCUUGCAGGCUCUGCAGGAUGCCGGCGUCCACAGAAACACGCUGGUGUUUUUCACAUCUGACAAUGGCCCAGAGAUGAUGCGUGGCUCCCGAGGAGGCAGUGCGGGCUUGCUCAAAUGUGGGAAGGGGACGACCUAUGAAGGGGGCAUGAGGGAGCCUGCCGUGGCUUAUUGGCCAGGUCGCAUUGCGCCAGGAGUGACCCAUGAACUGGCCAGCACCUUGGACAUCCUUCCCACUCUGGCCGCGCUGGCUGGGGUGCCUCUCCCCAACGUCACGCUGGACGGAUAUGACCUCAGCCCCCUCCUCUUGGGGAAAGGAAAGAGUCCCCGUCAGACCAUGUUCUUCUACCCGACGGCUCCCGAUGAAUUAUAUGGGGUUUUUGCCGUCCGCUACGGCAAAUACAAGGCUCACUUCUUCACCAAAGGAUCCUUCAACAGCGCCGCGACCCCCGACCGGGCCUGCAGCGGCUUCGCCAACCUCACCCCCCGGGAGCCCCCCCUGCUCUUCGACCUGGAGAUGGACCCUGAGGAGAACUACAACCUCCUGCAGGCCGGUGCCCAGAAGGCCGAAAUCCUGAAGGUCCUUAAGGAGACCCGCCUGCUGAAAGCCGCCUUCGACGGGGGCAUGACCUUUGGGCAGAGCCAGCUGGCCUUGGGCAGCGACCCCUCGCUCCAGCCUUGCUGCUCCCCCCAGUGCAGCCCCAAGCCCUCCUGCUGCCGCUGCGCCUCCUAG